AAGCGCCAGAUAACUGAGUGCUAAGUAUUAAGUCUAGGACAACGCUACAUUUACCAUGAAGGCUAUUCUGUGUUUAUUCCUACUGUCGGCGGCUGCAGUCUACGGAGCCGAGGAGAAGAAGAAUGAGAAGCGCGGUCUUCUCGGUCUAGGGUACGGCGCUCCGCUGCUCGGACACGGGCUCGAUUUGUACGGAGGACACGGGCUCAGUCUGUACGGAGGACACGGGCUCGGUCUGUACGGAGGACACGGGCUGAGCAUCGCCUCGGCUCCCAUCGUCAGUCAUAGCGUCGCCCUGCCCGCUCCCAUCAUAAGCCAUAGCAUCGCGACUCCCAUAAUAGACCACGGUCUCAUCGGCGGUCACCUCGGAGGUCACGGUCUGAUAGGAGGACCUCUCCUAGGUCUCGGUCAUGGCUGGCGUUAAACUUACGUCAAAUAAAUGUAAUAUAUGUACUUAUAUAUUGUGUAAGUCUCCAUAUUGUGUUUAAACUAGAGAUUAGGUCUUGUAUCAUGUGGCCCUCGUGAUGGGUCCGUCUGUGCCAAAUUGCAGCUCUCAGUGUGUUUUAAGAUCAAUAAAUUGUGUACAUUCA